AUAGGUUAUGGUCUUUAGAUUUUUGUUAAUGAAUAAGUCUACGAAUUGAAAUGUCCGAUCUACCUCAAAAACGGCCGUUCACUCCCGAAGAAUGGUCGUACCUGACUAGUUAUUUCGUGGGCAACAAUUACCGUUACAGAGACAACAUUAUAAUACCUAAAAAUCUGGGACCCGUCCAAAUCAAAACGAACGAGGAGAAGAUGGUCGAGGCCUUUUUCGAAAGUUGCCCGUUUAAGGUGAUCAUGAGCUGCGUUGUAGGUUACGGGUUGGGCGCGGCGAUCGGAUUGUUUUCCUCGAGCAUGGGCCCCGCUUCAGUGACGAGCGUGGAGACACAGACUGCGAGGCAAGUGUUUCAAGAGAUGAAAACGACUACCCUGGGUUACGCCAAAAAUUUCGCUUUAAUUGGAGCCGUUUUUUCCGGAGUGGAGUGUACAAUAGAGACGAUGAGAGGUAAAUCCGACUGGAAGAAUGGAACAUACGCCGGAGCUGUCACUGGGGGUAUGAUAGGAUUAAGAGCUGGAGUUAAAGCUGGUGUGUUUGGAGCUGCAGGAUUCGCUGCGUUCUCGACAGUGAUAGAUUAUUACAUGCACUCGCGAUUUUAGUUUAUUUUUAUUAUAUUUUUUGGUUAAAAUAAUUAAAUUACAUACAUAUAUAUAUAUAUAUAUAUAUAUAUAUAUAUAUAUAUAUAUAUAUAUAUAUAUAUAUAUAUAUAUAUAUAUAUAUAUAUAUAUAUAUCCUGCGCACUAUUUUGCACCCACCAACAUGCACCGCACAUUACAUUUUGCGUCCUUGACUAUUUUACGUCCGUAUAUCGGACGCAAAAUAGUUUUGCCCAAUAGUUCUGUUACCAUGGAUCAUAAAUAAACCAAAUUUAGACGAUUCACUCAGUAUCCACCAUAUCUUUCUGAUUCGUUUUAGUUUGCCCUUCUGUGAGUUUCAGUAGAACUGUGGUAACGAAUGCUCCGGGAGCAAUUUCGUUCGCGAUAUGGAAAACGUAUAUUUUUUUUCGUUCACGAAAUUGGCACCACGUGGCGUAGUGAUCGUAUACAUGCCCGUAUAUUAUUUUUCAUUUUAAGGGCUAUUUUGAGUCCUUGGCGGGAAUAUUUUCUCACAGUAAUGGCAACGUUGCAAUAUAUUAUUUUAUGGCUUAUUUUGAACUUUGUGUCUUCAUCGACGCUUUGAUUUUGUUGUAUUUCCAUCAUCCGUGCAUUAUGUUAAACUUUUUUUGAAUUAGUUUAUGGAUUAAAUUUGUGUUUGUUUGUUGAAUUCUUUAAGUGCUUUUGGGUGGAAAAUAUUAUUGAAAUGUAAUAAACAAAGAAAAAUGCUCCUAUUACUUCUGGUUGGAUGCGCUGAGUAAAAGACAAAUUUUUAUUAGCCGUUAGCAUUUUUAUAAUUUUUUUCAGUUUUUAAAAUAAAUUUAAAACAAGACGACUUGCAUUGCCGGAUUGUAUUCUCUUUGUCUCUCAACAUCUAUUCACUUUUUCGCAUCACCAAAUUAAAAAAGAACCUACAUAUAUCUCGAUUAUUAUCAACUGUCGAAGACUUUUCAGAGGAUGCACUGAGUAAAAUAUUAAAUUUUAUUAUCUGUUAGUCGUUUUAUGACUUUUUCCUUUAAAAAAAAAACAAAACAUCUUGGAUUGAAGGAAUAGCGUGUUAAAAUGUUAUUCUUGUAAAAACAAUUAAGGAACACUAAAAACAAAAUUGGAUACCUCUAUUUCAAGUAUUAUCAACUUUCGAAAUCAAUACGUUUGGUCAAAUUGCUACUUUCUGUAUGUUCAUUGAAAAAAUUAAAUUUGGCAACACAGAGGGAAGCAAAAUGGUGCACUGAAUGAAAAGUAUAAAUAAAUGGAGGCAAUUUAAUGCUUGGUGUAGACGGAGUAUACCAUAUAGUAUAUUUUAUUUAUUUCACUGCGCGCAUCAUUUUGCUUCCAUUUACGGAAAAACUAGACAGCGUCGCUGGGCGAUAUUCUAAGGUUAAAUCAUAAUCUCGGAUGCAUAUUAGUUAUCCAGCUCGCAUGGUUUAAGUAUGUGCAAAAUGAAGAAUGAAGUAAAACAGAAGAUUGAAAGGGUUGAGGUAAGUUAUUAUUCUUUUAUGUAAUAAAAUCAGAGUCAAGAUGUUAAAUUGUUAACUAAGAAAAAUGAUGAUAUUAUAUUUUAGUAACUUUUGCAGGGUGAUUUUUCGCCACAUUCUACAUUCGACGAUAGCGAUGCCGACGCAGAAUUUUUUCCAGAUAGAUCGCCGUCAGACUCAGAAAUAGAGAUCUGUAAAUUUAAGAAGAAAAUUACGAGAAUAUUCGAGUGCAAAAUUCAGAAGAAUCUCAACCAGACUCUGACGAAACAAAACUAAAUACAAAAAUAAACACAAUUAAAGCUUUGAGAAAUACAAAAGAAAAUAUUGCCAUGCACAAACUGCUUGGGAUUUUACAGAUCGAAAUUUUUAUAUCGACACACAAAGAAAUGCACAGGGGCUAGUUCAUCAAAAAAUGCUCAAGUUGCAAGUCAAAACUUUUUGAUAAAAAAUUUGACCCGAAUUGACCAACAAUUAAAAGAUCAGGUUUUUCCUAGAAUGAGACCUGAAAAGAUUUCUUUAGAGGCAAAGAAUGACUUUUUAAUAUGUGCCUUUGGAGCUCGUUAUCUUAAGACACAUUGCGAAAAACAUUUUAUUAAUGUUACAAGUAGAAAAAUGCGAGAGUUGUCAAGAAUUUUAUUAGAGCUUAAAAAAAUGGAUCCAAACAUAGCAAAUCUAUUUGAAGCAUUGCAUCCAAAGCACUACGAUAAACUGGUGGAAGCUACAAAAUCUGUGGCCAGAUUUGAUAGCAUAAAGGAAGUGUUUCCACAUCUCUGAGACAGUGUUGCGAUAUUGCAACUUAUAUGACCCUAAAAAGUGAACCGUCAGUUGAAACGGCAAAUAUUGAAUCUCGAUUUAAAACGAUGGUAAAUUUGAUCUAAACAUCAAUAAAUUUAAUAAAAUAACAAUUGUUCCCCUAGCGUCUGAUCUAAAACUUCUAAAAGAAUACUUAAUAUCUACUGCAAAAGAAGCUGCCAAUUUACUCUCUGCAAAUGCAGUGAAUGUCAAUGCCUUCUUAAUUUUGAUGGAGACAGUGUAUUGUAGAAUUAUUUUAUUGAAUAGAAGGAGACCAGGAGAAUUACAGCGUUUAUUAAGGAUACUUACGUUGCUUCAGAAAAAUCAUCAAACUCUUACGAAGAAUUUAGUGAAGUUAUCUCGAAAGCAGAAAAAAUUUUGUUACAACACUUUAAAAGAAUAGUGAUUAGAGGAAAGAGGGGUAGAGGAGUGCCAGUCAUAUUUAGUCACGAUAUGCAGGUACAUAUUGAUCAACUACUACAGGCGAGAUCAAAUUUCGUCAAUGACAACAACCCCUACCUUUUUGCAAACCCUAACACGAAUACUCCAAUACGUGGCUACAAAGUUGUUGCAAAAUAUGCUAAAGGUUGUGGCGCUAUGUGUGUGAAGCUAUAACAUUCACAAGGCUACGAAAACAUUUUGCAACGCUAACACAAUUAUUCAAUCUAACCGAAAAUGAAAUUGAACAACUGUCAAAUUUCAUGGGCCAUACAUCCAACGUGCAUAGAGGAUCAUAUAGACGAUGUCUAUCAGACAGCAAAGAUAUCCAAGCUUCUUCUUUUAAUGGAAAAAGGAGAGGCAGGUGUUCAUAAGGGGAAAAGCUUGGACGAAAUUACAAUUGAUUUAGAAGAAAAUCUUUUAAAUGAAGAAACUAGCGAAGAUGAAGAUCUAGAAACUUCGACGAAAACAAGUAGGAAAACGGAAAAAGAAACAAAAGAUAUGGAUCAAAUCGAAGAAUUAAUCCAGGAUGUAAAAAAAAACAGAAGGAAAAAGCAUUAGUUUAGAACCAGUUUUAGAAGUAAAGGACAAAAAGCGAAAAAGGAUUUUGAUUCCAUUGACAGAAGAACAAAAAAAUGUAGUUACAUUCUAUUUUUCAAAACAAAUAAAAAAUAAGAAGGCACCCAAAUGCAAAGAAUUGAACGAACUAUACCCAGCGUUGCUUCAAAAUAAAGAUGGGCAUAAAAUUAAAGUUUUUGUACAAAAUCAAUAUUCAAAAAAUAAAUAAAUAAAUAAAAUAUAUAAUUGUGUUCUCGAAAAGCGUUUUAUUUAGUACUUGAACCACCAAUGAUUUUUUAAAGAAACGUCGGCAUGCUGUCGACGGUAGAUUGACUCCUUCUAGAUUUUUCCUCGGUUAGGUAUGGUCGCUGACAACCAAAAUCUGUGGAAAAGAAAUCCAGCAGAAGUCAAUGUACAACCAGCUUUCCCUAAAAAAGCAAAAUAACGCGCUGAGUAGAACGAGUACUAUCUGGCGUAGGCCGUCGAAUUAAAUUGCUGCCGGUGAAAUUUAGUUGUCAUUCAAUGAAUCAUGUUACUUCUUGAGAGCUCCAUAAGACAACAACAAAAAAACAAUUGAAUUAGGGCAAAUAGUGGAUUUGUAAUGCCUCAGUGUGCUGACAGUGUGUGAGAAUGGGACGAGUGGUGACCUGACAUGUUUUUGUCACAGCCGGCAUUAGAACCACACCACCCGCAAUUCAUCUGCUUUUUAUGACUAUAUGUAUAGUCAUAAUAUAUCAAAAACUGACAUGUAGAAUAUUUUGACUUGUACAAUUAUUUAUAUGAGUAAAACGUUUGUUAUCUUUCUCAAGUAAUAUACAGUUCAUUUUGCACCCACCUAUGUGGUUACGUGCGAAGUAAAUAUUAUAAACUUGGCAACAUCUGUGGACGCAAAAUAAUUUUAUAAUGUGCCGUAUAUUCCCCCUCCAGAAGAAUACGGAUGCAAUUUGUUUUAGCAUAUGAAAGAAAAUUAUACAAAAAGGACGCAAAUUAGAUAUUUUGUACUGGAUGUAAAAAGUUGUGCAACUUGAAAAAAAAUGUAUAUUUAAAUUUUUGUGUUUUCGGAAAAUAAAGUACAUUACGUUUAACCUAUUUUUUUUCUCUUCAAUAUACA